AGACGUCCUGUUUAGGGGAGGAUCUCUGCCAGGUUUGUAACAAGCAGCAACAGAGUGAAAGAUCGCGGAGCUGGAAGGAGGACCGAUCCUGGAUAUAUUUCUGGAAAAACCAUUGGAAAUAAGAUUUUCUGGUCGCUCCCAGCCGCCCCCGGCUCUGGAUUUAUUUAUCUGGACUGUUUGGAAGAGAAUCCUGGAAUCAUUUGGGAAUAGAUUCUAAAGAGAUCAAUAUAAAGACCGGCUGCCUUCAGACUACAUUUCCCAUGGGGCCGUUCUCAGUCCUGCUCUCUGCUGCAUCAUGGAGCCUCCAGUCAGGGUUUCGGACCUACAGAACCAGUGAGACCCAGCAGAACCUGAGGUGUUGAUUCUUCUGGACCCAGUCGUUCCCCUCCCCCACCUGCUGCUGCCGCCGGCCCGUCCUGCCGUGGGCCGAUCAGAACCAGUGUCUUUGGAAGCGAAGCUGCUGCCGUGUUGUUCUGGGCCCGGUUCUGGCUGCAGGAUGGCGGUUCUGACCGGUCUGCUUGCUGCUCUCCUGCUGGCUCUCAGAACCCAUGCUGCAGGUCAGAACCCGGACCAUGUUCUGCUGGGGACCGGCGUGAACCCGGAGGCCCGGCGACCCGGAGAGGACUCCACCAUCGCCCCCGAGGAUCUGCCCCGCUUCCUCAGCUGCUACUGCUCCGGACACUGUCCUGACGACGCCGUCAACAACACCUGCCGAACCAACGGUCAGUGCUUCGCCAUCAUCGAGGAAGACGAUAACGGAGAGAUCCAGCUCGCCUCCGGCUGCAUGAAGUACGAAGGCUCCCACUUCCAGUGCAAGGACUCCCCCAACGCUUUGCCCAGGAGGACCAUCGAGUGCUGCAACACAGACUUCUGCAACGAGGACCUGAGGCCCACGCUGCCGCCGCGGGUCUCCGCCGAGAGCAGCUCUCAUUGGCUGGCCUUCAUCAUCUCCAUGACGAUCUGCUGCUGCACCCUGAUCUGCCUCUCCAUCGUCUUCUACUACAGGUACAAGUGGCAGACGGAUCGGGAGCGUUACCCCAAGGACCUGGAGCAGGAAGUCUUCAUCCGAGGCGGAGAAUCCCUCAAGGACCUCAUCCACCAGUCGCAGAGUUCUGGCAGCGGCUCAGGGCUCCCCCUGCUGGUCCAGCGGACCAUCGCCAAGCAGAUCCAGAUGGUGCGUCAGAUCGGGAAGGGUCGCUACGGCGAGGUGUGGCUCGGCCGCUGGAGGGGAGAGAAAGUGGCCGUCAAGGUGUUCUUCACCCGGGAGGAGGCCAGCUGGUUCAGGGAGACGGAGAUCUACCAGACGGUCCUGAUGAGACACGAGAACAUCCUGGGCUUCAUCGCAGCGGACAUCAAAGGUUCUGGCGCCUUCACGCAGCUCUUCCUCAUCACAGACUACCACGAGAACGGCUCCCUGUACGACUUCCUGAAGGUCAACACGCUGGACGCCGCCGCGCUGCUGCGGCUCGCCUACUCUGCCGCCUGCGGCCUCUGCCACCUGCACACCGAGAUCUACGGCACGCAGGGCAAGCCGGCCAUCGCCCACCGGGACCUGAAGAGCAAGAACAUCCUGGUGAAGAAGAACGGCACCUGCUGCAUCGCCGACCUUGGCCUCGCCGUCAAGUUCAACAGCGACACCAGCGAGGUGGACGUCCCUCUGAGCAGCCGGGUCGGAACCAGGCGCUACAUGGCCCCGGAGGUCCUGGACGACAGCCUCAACAAGAACCACUUCCAGGCCUACAUCAUGGCCGACAUGUACAGCUACGGCCUCGUCGUCUGGGAGAUGAGCAGACGCUGCGUCACCGGAGGUAUGGUGGAGGACUACCAGCUGCCAUACUUCAACAUGGUGACCUCUGAACCCUCCUAUGAGGACAUGCUGGAGGUGGUUUGUGUUAAAGGCCUUCGGCCCUCGGUGUCCAACCGCUGGAACAGCGACGAGUGCCUUCGAGCCAUGCUGAAGCUGAUGUCAGAGUGUUGGGCCCACAACCCCGCCUCCCGCCUCACCAUCCUCAGAGUGAAGAAGACUCUGGCCAAGAUGGUGGAGUCCCAGGACAUGAAGAUCUGAGGCAGAUCCUCGUCUUCCUCCUCCUUCCUCUGCUGCCUCCAGAUUCACCCGACUCACUCAACCUGGACCGGACCGGACCGGACCGGACCGGACCGGACCGGAGCGCUUCUCCCAGGCCGCUCCUUCAUCUGCAGGAGGAAGAGGAGGAGAAACGGGGAGAUGGACGGAGCUUCCUCAGAGCUGAACUGUGUUCCUCCUCCUCUUCCUCCUCCUCUUCCUCCAGACGAGACAGCCGGCCUCAACGCUUUCUGUGAAAGCCAAACGAGACGGACAAAUCCUGAACCGAGACCAGAUGAGUGGAGAGAAGCUGCCCAGUUCAGGAAUCGAUCUCCACCUCCAGCAGCUCCUUUCUGAACUCGGAUCCUCUGAGGAAAUAAAAGUUUAACGCUGAGCUUCACCUGAGAGCGCUGGACUCCAGGUCUGCCGUCCGGUUUCUGUCUGUCCACUUCCUGUCAGUUUCUCAGUCAGAUAUGUAGGGGCGGGGCUCCAGAUGAAGCUCCACCCAUUAUCUGGUCAACACAGGAAGUGACAGAGUUUGAGAACCAAUCAGAUCAGAGAAUCCUGCAGGUUUUACCACAAAGUCAGAAAUGAGUUGAACUUCAGAGGAACUGCUGCCUGGAACCAUCUGCUCCCCUCUGAUGGAUGCAUGUUUGACUUGUGAUGUGGUCUCAUGACCUGCGUCCUCUCUGGGUCCUCCAGCCUCCAGUUUGACCACCACAGACCCUGGAGCUCCAAUGAAACCAUCAGGAAUGUUGGACCUUCCAUCCUGGUUCUGCUCCGUUUACCAGGUCAAAUCUCUAAACACUCCAGAAGGUUCUGAUCCCAGAGCAGAAAUCUGUUUCUGCAGCUCUGCUAACGGUUUCCCUCCACUUCCAGUCUUUGUGCUAAGCUACGCUAACAGCUCCCUGGAGCUGAAGAUGUGGUACUGUCCCUUUAAGUGGAGCAGCAGGACGCUGCGGUCGCUGCAGCUCCGUGUAAAAAUAAAAGGUCAGAAUAGGAAGAAGCUCUGAUGUGGAAAUGUUUCCUGUUGUUGUUUGUUGUUUGUUGCUGCAUGUGUUUAGCAAGAAAAUGAAAAACUGCUCUUCAGUCUGUCCAAGUCAGCAGUUUGGAAGUAAAGAAGCUGAUUUUAGUCCCA